CCUCACUGCUUGCAAAUCGGCCUCUGAUUCAAUUCAGUUCUCUGUACAUAUAUCAGAAUAAUGUCCAAACAAGCAAAAUAGAUAUAGAUAUAUAUAUAUAUUUAUAUAUAGAGAAGAGAUAUUAAGGUUAAUAAGAUAAUAAUAUGGGUCACCACUCGUGCUGCAACCAACAGAAGGUGAAGAGAGGCCUUUGGUCUCCUGAAGAAGAUGAGAAGCUCAUCAGAUACAUCACCACUCAUGGCUAUGGCUGCUGGAGUGAAGUGCCUGAGAAAGCUGGUCUUCAAAGAUGUGGCAAGAGUUGUCGCUUAAGAUGGAUAAAUUAUUUGAGGCCGGAUAUCAGAAGAGGAAGGUUUACUCCUGAAGAGGAGAGGCUGAUUAUUAGCCUUCAUAGUGUUGUAGGCAACAGAUGGGCUCAUAUAGCAAGUCAUUUGCCUGGAAGAACAGAUAAUGAGAUAAAGAACUACUGGAAUUCAUGGAUCAAGAAGAAAAUAAGAAAACCCUCAGCACCUCAGGCCACCAUGUCGACACCUAGCACUACUACUACUUCUACUGAGCUUUCCCAUAUAACUUAUGCUUCAAAUCAACUAGAUUUAGUGAAUCAAGAAUUAAUAACAAGACCGCCUGCUCAUGAAACCCUAUUUUCUUCUUCAUGCCCUUUUUUUAUCUUUGAACCAACUCCACUUGAUGGGGUUUGUGAUAGCAGCUUGAAUAACGAAACGUGGAAUUCAAACCAGCAUCAAGUUCAAGCACUUCCUCCUUCAGCUUCUUUUACAACUGGUAUGAAUGCUCAUUACUUGCCUCCAUUGACAGAGAACAUGGAAAGCAUGGUGCCCAUUGAUCAGCAUCAUCAUCAUCAAGUACAAUCUUGUAGCAUGGAUGAUGAAGGAGAAAUAUCACUUGACUGCUUACAGAGGCAAGAGUUGAAUGAAUGGGUUGAAUCUCAGCACUCAAGCUUUCUAUUUUGGGACAAUGUUGAAGGGCCAUUUAGUGGGGAAGACAUUGCACCAGCUUCAUCAAAUACAGGAACCACACUGUCUUCUUUUCCUUGAGGUCUUUAAAUUAUCAAUGAUGGUAAAAUAUUAUCCUUGACUCCUCAUCUCCUUCCUACUUUUGAAAAGAGUUUGUUUCUUCUUCUUUCCUUUCUGCUUUUUUUGACUUUCAUUGGUGAGAUUGUGAAAUGUAAGGAAAUUUGACAUAAAGUAUAUAUGCAAGCAAUGUUUCAUAAUUGGUGUUAAUUGCCCCACUGUGCUGUUGAUCAUACUUGGUUCAAUCACAGCAAUGGAUUUGUUUUCACUUUACAAGGA